CCUGCGAGUGUGUGUGUGUGUGGCUCUGUGUGUGUGAGUGUGCAUGAGUGUGUGUGAAGUGGUGGGGAGAGGAAGAGGAGACCAGUGACAGAGGCAGAGGAGACAAGUGCAGGAGGCUGUCGGCGCAGAGGAGACUCUCCGCGUAAAUACAAAGCACAGCAGACGCAUCGCUCCUCCUGACGCAGGGGAGCGGAGGAGAUACACAAACAACAACAACAGGCUCCGUGCUUCGAGGGGAGAACGAUAAGAUUGAAGAAAAGCUGAGAAGAAAAGGAACAAGGCGACUGCAGCCGGGGAGGAGCAGGAGAGAGGGGGGGUUCCGGGUUUCUCUGUUGUGUGUGGCGUGUGUUUGUGUGUGUGUGUGUGAGUGUGUGUGUGUGUGUCUCUAGUCGUCCUCACACGGUGUGACCGAGCAAAGAGGCGGGGCAUCGUCGUACUCAGGGGGCCAGAACUUUGUGUCACACAGCGAUGAUGGAGAGGAGGAUGGACACAGCUCUGCUGGUGCUGUUAAUGGGACACCUCGCCGCGGCGCUGGAGGUCCCACUCGACCUUCUGGAAGAAUUGCCACAGCCACCGACCAUAACUCAGCAAUCCCCCAAGGAUUACAUCAUCGACCCGCGGGAGAACAUAGUAAUCCACUGUGAUGCGAAGGGGAAGCCUCAUCCCAGUUUCUCUUGGACGAGAAACGGGACGCAUUUCGACAUUGACGAGGACGUCAACGUGGUCAUGAGGCCGCACUCCGGGACACUGGUGGUGGACAUCAGCAGGGAGAAAGCUGAUCACUACGAGGGGGUGUACCAGUGCACGGCGAGAAACAAACAUGGAACUGCUGUUUCCCACAACAUAGUCAUACGACAGUCCAUUGCAUUUUCCAUCUUAAGAGCGCUCCUGAAAGGAUCCCCCUUGUGGUCAAAGGAGAGGAUCAAGCAAAUCGUCGUUCAGGAGGGCGUGUCCUUGGUGCUGCCGUGUCGACCCCCUGCUGGCCUGCCCCCUCCCAUCAUAUUCUGGAUGGACAAUAACUUCCAGAGGCUGCCUCAGAGCAGCAGGGUGUCCCAGUCCCUGAACGGAGACCUCUACUUCUCCAACGUUCUCCGAGAGGAUUCCAGGAACGACUACAUCUGCUACGCCCGCUUCCCACACACACAGACCAUCCAGCAGAAACAGCCCAUCACCGUCAAGGUCCUCAACCUGGAAGCAAUCAAUGACACAAUGGCAGCUUUUUACAAUGAAACUGAUUUGUUUAGUGAAGACCCAGUGGAUGAGAGGAAGCCGACCUUCCUCAUCCCAUCUGGCUCCUCCAGCUCCCACACGGUGUUGAGAGGCCAGGUGCUGGAGAUGGAGUGUAUCGCAGAGGGACUGCCCACCCCAGAAAUCUCCUGGAUCAAAUUGAGCGGCGAUCUCCCGACCCAACGCAUGUCCUACCUGUACUACCAGAAGAACCUGCGCAUCGUGAACGUGUCGGCAUCGGACGCGGGAGAUUACCGCUGCAGCGCCAAGAACAUGCUCGGCUCGGUGCACCACACCAUCCACGUCUCUGUCAAAGCUUCUCCAUAUUGGAUCGGCGGCGCUCCCAGGAACCUCGUCCUGGCUCCGGGAGAGAACGGCGUGCUGACCUGCAGGGCCAGUGGCACGCCCAAGCCCUCCAUCACCUGGGCGAUGAAUGGCAUCCCCAUAGCGAAUUCCCCGAAGGAUCUGAGCAGAAAGGUGGAAGAGGACACCAUUAUCUUCACGGACAUACAGAUGGGAUCCAGCGCCGUCUACCAGUGUAACGUCUCCAAUGACCACGGCUACCUCAUGGCCAACGCCUUCGUCAAUGUCCUCUCGGAGCCACCCAGAGUGCUGACGCCGGCCAACAAGGUCUACCAGGUCAUCAAAAACCACCGGGCCCGGAUAGACUGCGCUUUCUUUGGGUCACCCAUCCCUAAAAUUACAUGGUUCAAAGACAGCCGCUCCAGCACCCUGGACGGAGAUCCGUACAUCCAGCAUGACAACGGCACUUUAGAGAUUCACACAGCUCAGGCCAGAAACAGUGGCAAAUACACCUGCGCCGCCAGAAACAUGCUGGGGAUCUAUGAGAAUCACGUCUACCUGGAGGUCAAAGAACCCACCCGCAUCCUGAAGCAGCCCGAGUACAAGGUGGUCCAGAGGGGCAGGUCGGUGGUGUUUGAGUGUAAAGUGAAACAUGACCCCACACUCGUCCCCACCAUGACCUGGCUCAAAGACGACGGAGAGCUCCCUGACGAUGAGAGAUUAAUCGUCGACUCUGACAGCCUCACCAUCACUGACGUGACCGAGAGCGACGGGGGCGUGUACACCUGCAUCAUGAACACAACUCUGGACCACGACUCAGCCAGCGCAGAGCUCACCGUCGUCGAGGCCACGCCAACUCCAGCUGUUGUCUACGAACGACCUGACCCCCCAACUGACCUGGAGCUGACGGACCAGAAGAAGAGGAGCGUGCAGCUCACAUGGACCCCCGGGGAUGAGCAUAACAGUCCAAUUCAGAAAUUUCUGAUCCAGUAUGACGACUCUCUGCACCACCGAGGUCACUGGCACAACCUCACCGAGGUCCCUGGAACCAGGACGACUGCUCACCUCAAGUUGUCUCCCUACGUGCACUACACCUUCAGGGUUUUGGCUCUCAAUGCCAUGGGCUUCAGUCGGCCCAGCUUCCCCUCCAGGAUGUUUAAGACAGAAGCUGCAGCUCCAGACGAGAACCCUAAAGAUGUUGAGGGAUUUGGAACAGAGCAUGACAAUCUUGUAAUCUCAUGGAAGCCGCUGACAGGGCUCCAGUCUAAUGGCCCAGGGCUUCGUUAUCGAGUAAUGUGGAGGCAGAAGGCAGUGGAAAGUGAUUGGACCACAGUGACUGUGUCCAAUAACUCCCGGUUCGUCGUGUCUGGAACGCCCACGUUCGUACCAUACGAGCUAAAAGUUCAGGCUGUGAACGACCACGGAGUUGGACCUGAGCCUGCUAUCGCCCGCGGCUACUCAGGAGAGGACUUGCCGGUAGCAGCUCCAGAAAACGUUCAGGUGGUGGUGCUGAACAGCACUCUGGCCGAGGUGCACUGGGAUCCUGUGCCUCAUAAAUUAAUACGUGGGCAUCUCAAAGGAUACAAGGUGUACUACUGGAAAGAGCGCAGUCUCCACAAACACAACCCCUACCACAUGGAGAAGCUGAUCCUGAUGUUCAGUGGGAACCACAGCCACGGCAUGGUGCCCGGUCUGCACCCCUUCAGCGUCUACUCCUUCAACGUCAGAGUGUAUAACGGCAAAGGAGAGGGUCCUGUGAGCCCCACCCAGCAGUUUGACACACCAGAAGGAGUACCUGGAGCUCCUACUUCCCUGAUAGUCACCAACUCAAACCUGGACACCUUAACCCUUGAAUGGAGUCCUCCCCAUGAUCGUAAAGGACGCAUCACUGGCUACACCCUCAAAUAUCAGCCAGUCAAUAACUCCAAUGAGCUGGGCCCAGUGGAGGAGCUGGCCCUGCUCGCCAAUGAGACCUCAGUCACUUUGCCCAACCUCAAGUACAGCACGCGCUACAAGUUUUAUUUGAAUGCCAAAACAGUCAGGGGAGCGGGCCCAGCCAUUUCUCAGGAGGCUGUCACCAUCGUGGAUGAAGCUCUAAUGUCACUGCUUGACGUAGAUGUGGGCGAAGGAAGCACCCAAUCCUCUCAUCCCCUUGCACAGCCUCCUCCACACCGCCUCCCCGACGAGGCACUGCCGGUGAGUCCUUUCGGGAACGUUAGUUCCUCGGUUGGAGAGGAUGGGCCCCUCAUCAGUUGGGAGUACUGGGGCCCGGAGAAAAACGUUUAUGUAGAGUACAUGGUAGAAAACAGUGAAGGUGAACAGGAAUGGCAGAAAGAGCCGGUGAACGGCUCUCAGAACGUUGUGCUGAAGGGCUUAAAGGGGGGCCUCUCCUAUAGGGUGCGCUUGGUGGCCAAAGGUCACCACGACCAGCCGCUCCACCACUCCGAGGAGCUGUUGGUCACGGUUCCAGCUGUGGCGAGCAGACAGGUGGACAUCGCCACUCAGGGAUGGUUCAUCGGCCUCAUGUGUGCCAUCGCUCUGCUCAUCCUGAUCCUCCUCAUCAUCUGCUUCAUCCAGAGGAAUAAAGGAGGGAAAUACCCCGUCAAAGAGAAGGAGGACGCACACACAGACCCAGAGUUCCAGCCCAUGAAAGAAGACGACUGCACUUUUGGGGAAUACAGUGACAAUGAGGACCAUAAGCCGUUAAAAGGGAGCCGCACGCCGUCUAACGGGACAGUUAAGCGGGACGACAGUGACGACAGUUUAGUUGACUACGGGGAAGGAGGAGACGGACAGUUCAACGAGGACGGCUCGUUUAUCGGCCAGUAUAGCGGGAAGAGCGGCAGCAGGGACACGGCCGAGGGCCACGAGAGCUCGGAGGCCCCGUCCCCCAUUAACACCAUGAACUCCUUGAACUCAUUUGUGUAGCCGGUCGGUCCUCGCACACCAGUAUGAGGCGCUCGGUCCCAGGGUCUCUCUUUAGAGGGCUGCCCCCAACACCGCAUGGCUUUAUGAUCACACGUCCACACACGAAUCAGUAAAUACACACAGCUCAUCAGAGACUUUUAUCUUUUCACUUGGAAAUCUUUAUAGAGAGGCUUGGAAACCCUUAGCUCAUUAUAUAUGAAGUAGCUCAACCAGUCAUAUGAUUUUAACAGUGCAUGAAAUAGGCCUACUUGAUAUUAUGAUAUAAAUCCAUAUUUAAAUUAACACUUUGAUAUUAACAAGCGUUGCAUUUUGUUUUUGUUUUUUUUGUGGUGUACCUGGAAUCUCUUACGGACUAUGCAGUGAUCGUCUGAACUAUAUUUGUUUCUGUUUUUUGUUCUUAUAUUAUCGACUAUGUUCAAAUAGUAAUCAGUGUCCACAGUAAAUGACUAUUACUCCAUGUAUUUUGUUUUCCAACACAGCAGCUUGUACAGGAAUCUGUAUUUAAUAAUGUAAUUAGCUUGUUUGAUUCCAUCACGCAUUUGUACAGUGCACACGGUAGCUCAUGUACAGUGUAUAUAUACUGUAUAAUAUAAAGUGAACUAAUAUUGGGGGGCAGCGCACACAGCAUGCUUGAGUCUGCUGCAUCGACACGAUUCCAUCUGUCCCCGCUCUGUGGAAACAUCCACCUGCACCUGUGAAGGAGGGGAACUGAAACGCUGCAUGGCAUGGCACAUGACCUUUGACCCGCAUGUGACCUUCUCAGUAUUGACCUUGAGAUCUGGAGGCCCGGUGGGGGAGUUUGCCUCUUGCCCCUGCAAUGCUCCUUCGGCAGGUUGUGCCUUUUCUUCAAAAACAAUAGUUCUGAGUCUGAAGUAUCUUUCCAGAGAUCAGUGAUUGGAACAGAGACUGUAGUGGGACUGCUGAGGUCACAUCCAAGAUAGGAGGAGAUAAGUGUAAGAAGAGGACCCUGCGGAGGGAGGAAUAAUUCAUACACUUCAUUUCCUUUUUUCUUUUGAAAGACUCCUCGCAACACCUUGAGACACAGGACAGGAUUUGAUUCCUCCAAGAAGCUAAAACAUUGAAACCACUUUCAUAUAUUAAGUUUGCAGCCGUUAUGUACAGGACCUGAUUGUAUCUGCAGUGUAUGAAUGUAUAGGUGUGUGUGUGUGUGUGUGUAUGUAUAUGCAGAGACAUUAUUCAUUUCACAUUAGGCAAAAACUGUUGACGUGUUCUAACAACACUUGAGGGCCUUUGGAUGGGAUCAAGAUUUAUUUUCUCUUAACUUGCAUCAAGUUUUUUUUUUUUUUUAAGACAUGUAGAGUAUUUGUUGAAUUUGUAAAUACCUGAAUUGAUUGUACAGGGACAAGCAGCUUAUGAGGCGGCCUAUGAAGGCAAUAUUGUGCAUGGUCUGGUUUAACUUCGAUAGGACUGUAUUAAAUAUAGACUACUCCCUAGAGAAUAUCUAUAUUCAUUUUGUUUUUCUUGCUGUGCACAGUGAACAUUGUACUGUAACUAACUGGACAGAGAAAUGCAUACACUUUUGAAUUCUGAUUGUUUUUCUGGUUUGCUUGUCAGCGAGUUCUGUAACUUUGACAUUGUACAACAACCUUAAGGGUGAAGCGACGAUAUUAACUGAUGCACACAAUGAUAUUUCUCUGAUUUGUAUUGGUUCUAUACGCAGUACCCGUAUAUAGAUGCUGCCAAAAUGAUGCUCUUUUCUGACAGUAUUGCAAAUGGUUUUGUAUUUAAGAAACAGAUUUCUACUAACAGAUACUUUCUUUGUCUUCUAUUUAAGUUUAUCCUUUUAGUGCAAGUAUGGAAUUCAAGCUACUGGAAAUAUAAUGAAUGAAUAAAUAAUUAUCUGAUUUUG